CGAGGCUAUAAACAACAUGGCGUCCUAACGUGCACUUGCUGAAAGUUUAAAUCAGAGAGGCAGGAUGUCGCGGAGUGUGGCAUGGCGACGGACCUGUAAUGAUCUUGUGAACUGGCGUCAAACUGAAGCCCUCAAUGCCACCAUGUAUAUCCUGCGAGAGACUGGCCCAACAGGAUUUCUGCUUCAGGAGGAGGGCGAGCCAAAACCUUUUAAGGCAUACUUGGGAGACCCACACACGUGUACCUGCCCUCAGUUUAAGAAGGAUCGAGACUUGUGUAAACACAUCUGUUGGCUGUUGCUGAAGAAGUUUAGAGUGCCACAGAACGAUUCCAUAACCUGGCAGCUUGGUCUGGUGGAGCGAGAAAUCAACGGUAUCCUUCAUGGCCACGCCGCAAAGCAGCAGCGGCAGCAACCACAGGGGCCACGGUGGCAGAGGGCGCAGUCUGGUGGCAAUGGUGCCACAGGAGGUGGAAAGGAGGCACUACAACAGCGACCAAUCGGUGACGAUGAUGUUUGUCCUAUAUGCCAGGAUGAACUCCUGUCUAAACAUCUACCUGUAACAUUCUGCAAAUUUGGGUGUGGAAACAGUAUCCAUAUCAAAUGUAUGAAGGUCUGGGCUGAUCAUCAGAAGUCCUCGGGUGAUACCGUCAUCAAAUGCCCUUUUUGUCGCGAGGAUUUUGGACCCUUGGAACUGCUCAAACAGGAAAGCCGGAAUGCCAUUGGGGCUCCCCAGGGAGGCAGAAUGGACCGCCAUCUUGGGACAGAUUGUCAGAGUUGUCAUAUAUCACCAAUAGAAGGGAAAUGUUACAGGUGCCGUGUGUGUGUCAACUUUCAUCUGUGCCAGACCUGCUUUAAUACUGCAACUCACACUCAGCAUCCAUUUGAGUACCGCCAUAAGCGUAACCAGCAUUGGAAGUCAGCACAGAGGAUGUAUGGAGCAGUGCUUCCCCAGGCUGUAGCGCAGAGUCUAGCGAACCGUGAAAUCUCCGAAAAUGAUUAUGACCUCCUCAUGCAGCUUGACAACAACACCUCCACCCAACAGAGUGACAUUCCUGAGAGUGUAAUUAACUCGUUUCCCCUAGAGAAAGUUAGAGAGAAUGGUGCGCUGCUGGCCCCGGGGAUACAGUGUAGGGUGUGUCUGCGAGGAUACCAGGUCGGACAAUUCGUGAGGAAGCUACCUCGCUGUAAACACAAGUUCCACCGGGACUGUAUAGACAACUGGCUGCUCCACUCUCAUUCCACAUGUCCUGUGGAUGGCCAAUCUGUCUGGGACCCAAUUUCUGCCCAGAUGGAUGAGACAGAACAGCGGACCAGAGCACCCAGACAUCCCAAAGAAAAUGGCCAGUCAUCAAAAAAUGAACUAGUCCUAGAGGUGCCUGGAGUUGGAAUUGUUCGACAGACGGAAGAAUCAGCUGCUCGGGAAAGUGCUCUCCGUGGGUUUGGACGCCGCCUCCCUGGUACACAACCACAGCAUAAACCUAUACAUGGCUCCGACAAUAGAAAUGUGAACCCUCUACGAUCCAGCUUCACACUAAGCGGUGUGAGCCUUGGUAACAGUUCUGAAGGGGCCUCUGGUGGCAGUCAUAGUGAUACAACUCCAGCUGAGGAUCUCCCUGGCAACCGUCUCCUCGGACGUGCCCAGGCCCGACGCUCAACCCUGAAUAAAAAACUUGCAAUCAAAAGUCAAAGGCCAAAACAGAAGGAGACCAGAACAGUGAAGGAAAAGAAAAGUCCUCAAUUUGACAUUCAUUCUAUGCCAGUGGUACCCCAGGAACAGUAUGUUGACGAUGCCAUGGGUCCUAUGACCCCUACUCAGAGGACAAUUAUGAACCACCUUGCCAUGCUGAACACUCCAGACGAAGACGAGAUCAUGGGAGACCUGAAUCGCAGUCUUCCAUCCACACCACAGCGAGUCCAUAGUAUCCGUAACUGUAUGCUCAGUAGUACGGACCUCAGGUCGCCGUUUGUGCGAGAUUUACCUCCCCUGAUUGAGUCGGAUCAGGAACAUGAGUUACCAGACUAUCCUACCAUUGGAGAGUCUGAUCAAGAGACAGUUUCCCUCAACAGUUCUAUCUCUCUAAAUCAUCACAGACCGUUCCAGAGGCAUCGACACCAAGAGGCUGAAGCACAGGCUGACUCAGGUUCCAUUGUCAUGACCUCUGUGAGGUCAACACCAGAUGUCAGAUCAGUAUCGGGGUCACAGAGGUCAUUCAUAAAUGGUACAUCUUCCCCCAAUGGUGAGAGUAGUGCUGGAGGAAGUGUGGUCAGCGAAGGUCAGCCAAGCAUUAGAUCCCGGGGCAGACAAGCAGACAUAGAAUACAUGUUGAGCUUUAUCUCGGAAGAUCGUGGACAAAGCGCAGCAUCAGGCAGUAAUCGUUCACGGAGCCGAGAUCGAGCGGAGCCAGGUCCUACAGACGACGAGACGGCUAUCCUAAAUCGACUGCAGCAUUAUAAAGACUUGUAUGUCGGCAACAGUCCAGACGGUCAAUCCCCAGAAGAUCGGAGUGCUGGCACAAGGGGGCGCCCUCCACGCAACCCAAGACGACAGUUUGGCGAACAUCUAGCUCUACGUCAAACUAAAACUCGCAAGAAGAAGGCGGACCUCAGACGACAAAAUAACGACCUUGCUUUAGAGGGAAAUGCAUUUAGUAAUCUGACACUCAGAGAUCUCAUGUAAUUAAUGUGGAACAUGUCACUGCAUACUGAAAAUUGUAUGAAACUAAUUAAAACAGUUGUUAAUUAACUUAAUAUUUUAUUGUACUGAAGGCAUUGAGAUAAGGAAAUAUAUUGCCAAUAUUAGAAAUUUCAUUUUUUCUUUUAAAAUGUUGAUCAUUAUAGAAUUAGAAUCAGAAACUAAACUUCUGUUCAUUCCUUUUCAUUUUUUGCCGAGCAGUAUACUUGUAUGAUAGCGCUUAUUCAUAUACAUGUAAUUCAAUUUGAAUUCAAAUAAAUCAAUAAUGAUAUUACUUAUUCAAAUAAUGAUAUCAGUAUAUAUGAUGGUUAUUAAUUAAAUCCAACAAAUUCUGGAGAAAUGAGAGAGGAGCAGUGGUAUUCUAUAGAAUCAAUUUUCAAUAUUUUGAUAAAACCAUAUUUCUAAUUAACUUAAUAUAUGAAAUUUUAUUAGCAUAAAUUGUUCAUAUAUGUUACAGACUCCAGCUUACUUUAUGUUGUGAAGUCCAAAACAGGAAGGUGUGAAACAUUUUUAAAUUGUAAAUAAAUUGGAGAAUUUAUAUUCAGAAAAACUUGUAUGAUUAAUGUUAAUUGUGAAUUGCUUCAUUGUUAACAAGUUUGGUUGUUUGGAUGUUUUUUUCACAUGAACUAUUAUACUGAAUUUGGAUUUGAAGAAGUUUCAAUAAUUAAAGUCCAAACAGUGUCUGUUGAAAGUGAAUUUAAAUUGAGUUAAUUCUUUGAAGAUAUCACUAGUUUGGAAUACUUUAUCUGUUAAGUACAUAAUGUAGAGUACAUGCAUGUUAAGUUAUAUCAUAAAUUCAUUCAAAAAAGUGAUAUAAAUAAAAAAUUAAUGAUAUCACUAAUUCAAUUUAAUAUGAUCAUAGAGUUAAUUUUUUUUAUGUGACUUUUUUCGGGGAAUAAGUGAUAUCAUUAAUUGAUUAAGUCAAAAUUCAUUUAAUGAUGUCAUUUACUUUAAUGAUAUCAUUUUAUGAAUAAUUAAUAUAAUUUAUUAUACACCUCAAAACAUUUUAAGCCUGUGAUUUUACAUAUUACCAUGGCAACACACUCCUGGACUCUUGUUGGUCAAAAUACAUUUUGGUUUAAAAAACUGUGUAACUUGGUCGCUAUAAACUGGUUUUUAGUACAAAGGGCCAUAACUCUUCAAUCCCUUUGAUGGAUUUUUUUUUUCAAAUUUGAAAAAGGGAAAUUUGCCAACUAAGUCGAAGAUAAUUGGUAUUUAAAGAAUUUAAGGGAUGGCAGUUACUAUGGUACCAUUUUUGAAAGAAAUGGGUUGCCAUCUACAUGUAUAUACUUGCAAUAUAUAUUGUAAUCAAAUAAAAGCCUCUGAUUUGAUAAACCUUAAAUUGUCUUCCUGGGACAUCGAUUAAAGGGUUACAAUCCAUUUAAAAACAUUAAAAGCUACCAUGGGAUGGGAGAUGGGGGUGUAUUAGUUAUCCUCAAGAUUAUAGUUCUAGUUCAAAUUAAAGAUAUUUGUAGAUAAGUACUAUAAUGAGGCCGUAUAGAUUGUACUUGUCGACCUACAUAGUACA